AUGGCUCCCCGCUGCUUCAUAAUCCGCCAUGGUGAAACCGAAUGGUCACUCAAUGGCCGACACACGGGUCUCACCGAUCUACCGCUGACAGCCAACGGCGAGAAACGAAUCCGAGCAACGGGCAAAGCACUCGUCGGAAACGACCGAUUGAUCGUUCCCAAUAAACUCGUUCAUGUCUUCGUCUCGCCCCGCGCCCGCGCCCAGCGCACCCUAGAGCUCCUCGAGAUUGGCUGCCGGGAGCGACUGCCCUGGAACGAACAGCGCAAGCCAGAGCACGAGGAAGCGAUCCGGACCGAGGCCAAGGUCGAGGUUACGGAGGCUAUCAGGGAGUGGGAUUAUGGGGACUAUGAGGGAUUGACGAGCGCGCAGAUUCGCAAACAGCGCGCCGAGCGGGGCGAAGGGCCGUGGAAUAUUUGGACGGAUGGGUGUCCCGGUGGAGAAUCCCCCGAGGAUAUUGUCCGCCGUCUCGAUGCUCUGAUUGACGAGAUCAAGAACAAAUAUCAACGCCCUUGCUUCGAGAACCCAGAAGAUCCCAAGAGCGAUGUCCUUGUUGUUGGACACGGCCAUAUUCUGCGUGCCUUUGCCAUGCGCUGGGUUGGGAAGUCAUUGACAGAGACAUCGCUGAUUCUCGAAGCUGGUGGAAUAGGCACACUCAGCUAUGAACACCAUAACAUCGAUGAACCAGCGAUCAUUCUCGGUGGACAAUUUGUGGUGGAGUAA